GCGGCUUUCCUUACUGAGCCGCUAGCAACACGACCCCUGGCCACGUCUCAAACGACACUUCGGACACAGCCGGACCCACAUAAGGCGGUCCGGAGGUUGGCUGCGGACCGGGCAGAACCGAAGACCGGCUCCGUCUCCACUUCCAACGUGAAGCCGUGCGUCUCCAAAAAGCGAAGACCACCAUCAACCAUCACCAUCUUCAAUCCAUCUCCAAUCCAUCAUGCCUCACAGAGUGAAACUCAGCACUGUGGUGUUUCUGGUGAUACUUCAGGGAGCGGCCGUGGUCCUCUUCUGCGGUUGGUACAUCCCGCUCAGCGGCCCCUGCGGCUCGGCACCCUCGGACGGGAAAGUCCACGUGCUGCUGCUGUCCUCGUGGAGAUCGGGUUCCUCCUUUGUGGGUCAGGUGUUCAGUCAGCACCCGUCUGUCUUCUACCUCAUGGAGCCCGCUUGGCACGUCUGGACCAAACUAAGGAACACCGGCGCUCAUGCGCUGCGAAUGGCUGUCAGGGAUCUAACGCGUAGCGUGUUCCAGUGCGACUUGUCCGUGAUGGAGGCCUACCUACCGGAGCGCCACAACGUAUCGUCUUUGUUCAUGUGGAGCCACAGUCGAGCGCUGUGCUCGCCGCCGGCCUGCCCCCUCACCGCACGCGGCCAUUUCAGCAAUCAAACGCAAUGCCUCCACGCGUGUGAUGCGAGCGGCCUGCAGGGGGCGCAGGCAGCCUGCGCCUCUUACAGUCACGUCGUGUUGAAAGAGGUGCGGUUCUUUGAACUGGAAUCCUUAUAUCCUCUCUUUCAGGAUCCGAGCCUCGACUUGCGUAUCAUUCAUCUGGUUCGAGAUCCACGAGCCGUGUUGCGGUCUCGGGAGGAGUCGGCUAGAGCGUUUGUUAGCGACAACAACGUUGUCUUGGAGCACAGAACCGUACCGGCGGCCGAGGUGCAGUAUCAAGUCAUGCAGGAGAUCUGCCGCAGCCACGUGCGCGUCGCCGAACGGGCGCUGCGGAAACCACCGCCGUUUCUGAAAGGCCGCUAUAAACUGGUACGUUACGAGGACGUGGCGAGAAAUCCACUCGAGGAGAUCGCCGCCAUGUACGAGUUUGUCGGAUUGGACAUGAGCGGUCAGCUGAGGGAAUGGAUUCAUCAGCUGACUCACGGAAAAGGUAAAGGUUCGGGGAAAGAGGCCUUUAAGAUCACGUCAAGGAACGCGGCCGAUGUGUCCCAGGCUUGGCGCACCACGCUCACGCACAGUAAGGUCAAGCGCGUCCAGGAAGUGUGCCAGGGCGCCAUGUCGAUGCUGGGAUACAGGACGGUUCGCAACGACAAAGAGCAGAAGAGACUUGACGCGGAUUUGCUGGUACCGCGGGAACCGUACCGCUUCAGCUGGUUGCCAGCCAAAACCGACUACUCGGCUAAAAGUUAAGAGCGCGCCGGUACGACGCCAUUGGGGACUCAAGUUACAAAACACAGGCGCCCGUGAUGGUUCAUCCUGACACUUCUGUUUCAUAACCUCCGCCUUUCGUAAAUCAGUAGAAGGACCCGUCAAAACACACGCUAAUUAAUAAAAAUCUCAUUUUCAUUCAUGACAAUUCUAACCAUUCCAGCAGAAUUCCCAUUUCCCCAUCACACUCAUUCAUUCAUUUUUGGUGGCCAGCCAAUCCCAGGGCACAUAUAGACAAACAACCAUUCACACUCACAUUCAUACCUAUGGACAAUUUGGAGUGGCUAAUUAACCUAGCAUGUUUUUGGAAUGUGGGAGGAAACCGGAGUACCCGGAGAAAACCCACGCAUGCACGGGGAGAACAUGCAAACUUCACACAGAGAUGGCCGAGGGUGGAAUUGAACCCUGGUCUCCUAGCUGUGAGGUCUGCGCGCCAACCACUCAAUCGCCGUGUCGCCCAAAAAUUUAGCAAACUCCAAAAAUUCCCACUGUUUUCCAAGCACAAAUUACCUUUUGAUGUUAAGAAUUCUUAGCGCCAUUACAAAAAAAAACAUUACAACAUCAGGACAUUUAGUUUUUCCACAGAAUUCCACAUUUUUCCAGCCCUUUUCCAACAGUCAGGCAAACAAUUUUAUCCCCAUGUUUUUGGAAUGUGGGAGGAAACCGGAGUACCCGGAUGCACGGGGAGAACAUGCAAACUUCACACAGAGAUGGCCGAGGGUGGAAUUGAACCCUGCUCCUCCUAGCUGUGAGGUCUGCACUAACCACUCAACCGCCGUGUCGCCCAAAAAUUUAGCAAACUCCAAAAAUUCCCACUGUUUUCCAAGCACAAAUUACCUUUUGAUGUUAAGAAUUAUUAGUGCCAUGACAAAAAAAACCAAAAAACCAGGAGUGUUUGAAUUCCCAGUGUCAAUAUAACCGCCGUGCCGCCCUCAUCACACUCAAACUAUUCCAAAAAUUUAGCAAACGCCAAAAAUUCCCACUGUUUUCCAAGCACAAAUUACCUUUUGAUGUUAAGAAUUCUUAGCGCCGUUACAAAAAAAACAUUACAACAUCAGGACAUUUAGUUUUUCCACAGAAUUCCACAUUUUUCCAGCCCUUUUCCAACAUCAAAACAGUCAGGCAAAACAAUUUUAUCCCCACAUUUUCCCUUCCAGCAUUCCAGUUCAGCUCCUCAGCAUCCAAACACGGAUUCAAUCCAAAGUGCCUUCCGUAGGUGAUAAGUAGACGCAUGACGAUUGUCUGCGGACGAGAAAUAAAACGGUAAAGUUGGAGUGUUUGAAUUCCCAGUGUCAAUAUAACCGCCGUGCCGCCCUCAUCACACUCAAACUAUUCCAAAAAUUGAGCAAACUCCAAAAAUUCCCACUGUUUUCCAAGCACAAAUUACCUUUUGAUGUUAAGAAUUCUUAGCGCCGUUACAAAAAAAAACAUUACAACAUCAGGACAUUUAGUUUUCCACAGAAUUCCACAUUUUUCCAGCUCUUUUCCAACAUCAAAACAAAAAAAUGUAUCCCCACAUUUUCCCUUCCAGUAUUCCAGUUCAGCUCUUCAGCAUCCAAACACGGAUUCAAUCCAAAAGUGCCUUCCGAGGGUGAUAAGUAGACGCAUGACGAUUGUCUGCGGACGAGAAAUAAAACGGUAAAGUUGGAGUGUUUGAAUUCCCAGUGUCAAUAUAACCGCCGUGCCGCCCUCAUCACACUCAAACUAUUCCAAAAAUUUAGCAAACGCCAAAAAUUCCCACUGUUUUCCAAGCACAAAUUACCUUUUGAUGUUAAGAAUUCUUAGCGCCAUUACAAAAAAAAACAUUACAACAUCAGGACAUUUAGUUUUUCCACAGAAUUCCACAUUUUUCCAGCCCUUUUCCAACAUCAAAACAGUCAGGCUAACAAUUUUAUCCCCAUGUUUUUGGAAUGUGGGAGGAAACCGGAGUACCCGGAUGCACGGGGAGAACAUGCAAACUUCACACAGAGAUGGCCGAGGGUGGAAUUGAACCCUGGUCCUCCUAGCUGUGAGGUCUGCGCGCCAACCACUCAUCCGCCGUGCCGCCCAAAAAUUUAGCAAACUCCAAAAAUUCCCACCGUUUUCCAAGCACAAAUUACCUUUUGAUGUUAAGAAUUCUUAGCGCCAUUACAAAAAAAAACAAAAAACCAGGAGUGUUUGAAUUCCCAGUGUCAAUAUAACCGCCGUGCCGCCCUCAUCACACUCAAACUAUUCCAAAAAUUUAGCAAACUCCAAAAAUUCCCACUGUUUUCCAGACACAAAUUACCUUUUGAUGUUAAGAAUUCUUAGCGCCGUUACAAAAAAAACCAUUACAACAUCAGGACAUUUUGUUUUUCCAUAGAAUUCCAUAUUUUUCCAGCCCUUUUCCAACAUCAAAACAGUCCCCACAUUUUCCCUUCCAGCAUUCCAGUUCAGCUCUUCAGCAUCCAAACACGGAUUCAAUCCAAAGUGCCUUCCGCAUGACGAUUGUCUGCGGACGAGAAAUAAAACGGUAAAGUUGGAGUGUUUGAAUUCCCAGUGUCAAUAUAACCGCCGUGCCGCCCUCAUCACACUCAAAUUAUUCCAAAAAUUUGGCAAACUCCAAAAAUUCCCGCUGUUUUCCAAGCACAAAUUACCUUUUGAUGUUAAGAAUUCUUAGCGCCGUUACAAAAAAAACAUUACAACAUCAGGACAUUUAGUUUUUCCACAGAAUUCCACAUUUUUCCAGCCCUUUUCCAACAUCAAAACAGUCCCCACAUUUUCCCUUCCAGUAUUCCAGUUCAGCUCUUCAGCAUCCAAACACGGAUUCAAUCCCAAGUGCCUUCCGCAGGUGAUAAGUAGACGCAUGACGAUUGUCUGCGGACGAGAAAUAAAACGGUAAAGUUGGAGUGUUUGAAUUCCCAGUGUCAAUAUAACCGCCGUGCCGCCCUCAUCACACUCAAACUAUUCCAAAAAUUUGGCAAACUCCAAAAAUUCCCGCUGUUUUCCAAGCACAAAUUACCUUUUGAUGUUAAGAAUUCUUAGCGCCGUUACAAAAAAACCCCAUUACAAUAUCAGGACAUUUAGUUUUUCUACAGAAUUCCAUAUUUUUCCAGCCCUUUUCCAACAUCAAAACAGUCCCCACAUUUUCCCUUCCAGUAUUCCAGUUCAGCUCUUCAGCAUCCAAACACGGAUUCAAUCCAAAGUGCCUUCCGCAGGUGAUAAGUAGACGCAUGACGAUUGUCUGCGGACGAUAAUAAAAAAUAAAACGGUAAAGUUGGAGUGUUUGAAUUCCCAGUGUCAAUAUUUGUCUUGUGAUGGGCAGCAUAGCGGAACAGAUCACAACCUUUCUGGUGUAAACGCUAAUGAGUGGCGGUUUAGGUGUCUGAAGUUCAAACAUGUCCUGAAAAGUCUCCAAAAUAUAAUAACUGGAUGUUUACUAUUGUGGAAUAUUAAUAUAUUAUGUAAUAUUAUUACAUGUGUAAAUGUGACCUGUACAAUGUGAUUGCUGGGUUUGGCCUCAUCUGCCAGGGAUGUUUUCCUAUUUAUUAUGGAAUUAAUGGCUGGAAUAAACAUUCACAAA